UCUCGGCGCACCGGCGAUCAGCCGAGCAUUUAAUCAUUUAAUCAAGAUGAAUCCCAUAUACGCGGGUGAGUUGUUGUUCUUCGCCAUCUUCGGUCAGACGACACACGAAGAAUUAAAGACAGAAUUGACGCAAGCCAAAUGGACUACCGCCCUCUUCAAGAUCACCUUCGGCAUUUAUAUGUUGGUGUCGGUGGUAGUGCUUAUUAAUCUCCUGAUCGCUAUGAUGAGCGAUACCUACCAGCGGAUACAAGCACAGUCGGACAUCGAGUGGAAAUAUGGAUUGAGCAAACUCGUUCGAAAUAUGCACAGGACCACUACGGCACCAUCUCCGCUGAACCUCCUAUCCACGUGGAUCACGUAUUUCGUCAAACUUUGUAAGAAACGCCUGACCAAAAAGAAAGAACGACCCUCUCUGAUGCACCUAAUGGGUGCCACCCGCAUGUCCCCUCGCUCUAGGAUGGGAGCCAAAUGGCUGUCUAAGAUAAAGAAGACCUCACAGGUGGGACACAAGGAUAGCGUCGCUUUAUCAGUGGCUCACUUGAGUCCUCUCGGCAGUCAAUUGUCCUUCCGUAAUACUGUCAAGAUUGACAACGUGGUCGACUGGGAAGUUGUCAGGCGCAAAUAUAGAGAUCUUUACGGCGAGAAGAUCGAGGAGAAACUGAUCGAAGAAAACAAGGAGUCAGUAGAUAAUCCAUUGGCGAUUUUGGAAGGCUCGUCAGGUGUCGAAAAAUCGAGGCUUGGACUUGGAGCUUGAAAUAAAAGGAGGAAAUAUUGAAGGCAAUACACAUAACUCUCACGGAAGAGAAAGAAAGAGAGAAAGAAAAAGAGAUCAAAGCUCUUCCUAUUUUUGCAGAUU